CAUUUUUCUAAGCGAGCAGCUCCUUAGUGACUCGUAAGCAGUUAGUCUGGAAACUACCAGCAAUGCCUGUCUUGGGUCUCGCAAUCCCGACUAUGCGAACCAAUCCCAAACUACCGUUGCUCACAUUGAGAUGAAUCCUGUUCGAUGACCAGUCAAACAGGAGCGGGGAGUAAACCUAAGAACCCGAGAGUCAUUGAGGAUUAUUCUUUUCUGGUUAGUUUAAUGCAUCACUCCUAAUGAAUACCAGCGACGGCGGCCACUGAAUGGAAUAGAGGACUUGUCGUAUAUCUCUAUCUUUGGACUUCUCUACAAAGGGGUUUAUUUCUCGAUUCGGAGCGGGCGUAUUAAUCACUGUGUGUUUAUAACAUACCAAUGCUAUCGUUCUGCGCGUUUAUCCAUCUCAAUCCAUGCAAAUGAAUGCGGGUGCUUCGAUUCGGACUGUUGUAUAAGAUGACGGCAGCGACCGGUGUGGCUCUUCAUUCCUCAUUCCUCACCGCUACCUUUCCUGCAUACUUUCUCUUCUCGGUGAGCCUUUGCACGCAAGUACACCUGAUCACCGCUCACACCGGUCACUGGGAUGCACCUCGUGCCUAAAUCAGCCCUCGCUAAAUCGGCCAUUAUUUCAUCGUCGACAUGUCGACCCAGUUGCUGAUAUUUGUGGUCAUUGCCAUCUGUUUGGCUGUACUCGAAUUCGCCCUACUCUUCAGAUGUGGCAAACAUAAUUCCGAACCUCCUGGAACUACACCCCCCCAACCCUGGCACAAGCCACCACCAAAGUGGUGGUUCCUAACUAUGUCGGCAAUAUUGUUCAUUCUUGCAGUAUCCCUCAUCUGGAGCAUCGUGUAUACGUUUGUCACCCCAAGACCAAUACUCAUUGGUUCUAUGGGUAUUGUAGGGACCAGCUAUCAGAUUUCAUGUCAGAAGCUGUAUGACGGCACAAAAUUCACGACGUUGGCUGUUGUCGUCUGUUCCGCACUCCAGUUUCAGCUGUAUAUACUACUACUGCGCCAACCUUCAGAGGAGUUGCUUGAAACUGAUAUCAGUGUUCUUAUGCUGUCGUUUAUUGCAGAAUAUACCACCAUUUUCUACGUAUAUCUAAACUUGCCCCAAUCUCCUCAACCAAGAGUCAAUAUAUUUGCCAACUUCGGCAAGGUUUUCUGCGCCAUCACUAUUAUCGCUGCUCUGGUCUCGCAACCUUUAUAUCGUUGGGGUAUAGUUGACCUUGUUUCGAGCUUGUUGUAACUUAUACAAUUAUCACGCCAAUACUCUGCUUUUUGCUCUAUAAACUCAAGGUCGCUCUAGAACGCAAGCAACAUCGUGCCAUACCUUCCUUGCCAUCUUCGGUUGCUGGGAGCAAUGUGACCCUUACUCGACUAGGUACGCAGAGAAGCAACCAUCUACCUGCCCAUCCUCAGUACCUUCGGCCACCGAGAGCAAUGCAGGCCGUUGUGUAAUACUCAUACGUUUAGCGUUAGUAAUUCAUUAUGUAACGUUUAGAAGCUUCAUCACAAU